UCAGUGCCCUGCAGAGAGUGUCAAGUAUUUUAGUGUAUAUGCAAUCCUCUGCAGAAGCUAGGCCAACUGACUUGUUUUUAUGGGGCAAGUAAUGCAAAGAUGGAAAGCAGAUAAUUUGGACUACCUUGAAAAAUUCAGGUAUUUCCAUUACUUUUAUUUAAUUGUUUACUUUUAUUUAUUGAAUUGAAGCAGUAGCUUGCUGCCUAACAUUACUAACCCACUGAGGGUAAAGAGGGUAUCUGAAGUGUUGCGUAUUAUUAUGAAAAAUUUUUUCCUGGUGUUUUCUCUGGAGACUUCUAUUGCUGGAAGGAAUGAAGGAUGCUGCUGAUUUUGUGAGGGGGCUAUUGAGGUGUAGAGAUCUGCAUCUGAGGAAGGCUGGUCUAGGAAGAGAAAGAAUUAUGAUGAGGGGAGAUGUACGGAUGAGACCUUGGGUGCUGAUGGUGUGUGAUACUGCUCUGUCUCUCACAGACAACUCCUCCAGCAUGAAAGUCUCCCUAAGGCAGAACAAUAAAGCUUUGGCUCUAGCCCUCAAUGCAGAGAAAGCCAACGCACAGCGGCUCACCCAGGAGAAGGCCGUCCUACAGAAGGAGGUGAAGCAGUGCCACUUCCAGAACGCUGUGCUGCGGCACAGGCUCUCCUUCAUGAAUAAUAUGUUGAAAAAAAUGGACAAUCUUAUGGCUGAAGUUAAGAUGGCUCAGCUGUCUCAGUUCCAUACAAAUUCUCCAUCCUUGUCCAGUGGCCAAAAGAGCAGCAUGACUGAAGAUAGCUGGGCUGAUGAUAUUGCAGAUGGUCAGCUUCUGAGGGUUAUACAGAUGCCAAUGAGAGUGCCCAUUUCCCAGAUACAUGAUGCAGAGCAGCAAGCUAGCAGAUCCACAACAGUACGAACAUCCUCAGGGGAACUUCAGAGACCUGCUUCUAAGCAGCCCCUGAAUAUUUUGCCUCUUGCCUCUAAAGAUACCUUGCCACCACAGCAUGAUGAGAAGCUUCAGUUCCACCAAGAGAAGAAUGGCAAGAAGGUGACUGAAGCAACGGCAACAGAGGAGGCUUUUCGUGACUCUCACAUCUUUGGAGAGGUUUUGUGCACCACUGAACAAAAUCCCAACAAUCUGCCAGCACUUGCCUGGGAAAGUCAUACUCUUUCAUAUGAAGCUGAUGAGAUGGUAAAACAUGUCAUUGAUCGUUUUUCACAAGGGCACAUUACUCUGAGGAGAAAACGUUCCACCUUGUUUGCUACAAGCACUCCAUCUUCUGCUCUGGAUAUCUUACAUGUCAGUUCCACUCAGGCAGCUCAGGGUAGUACUGCACAGGACAACAGCAGCUCCAGCAAGAACAACACACAGCAACAGCUGACAUCUCCCAGCCCCCUGUCUUCACCUGUUCAAACUGCUGCUAUUUCUCAUAGAAACUCUGUGGGUACAGAGAUCUUUUGUGAGCAGCCACAGACAAAAGAAAUGGGGUGUGGUGUUGAAACAGAUCCCAGCUUUAGCCAAGUCCCUGAGUUUGUUCCUGUAAAGGUUAAAAGCAAAGGUAGCUGUAAAACUGGAGAGAAAAAGACUGUUAAGAAAGCAAGAGCAGGAAAAAAGAAAACAACUGCAAUUAAAAACAAUGCAGAAAAUACUCCUAAUAGAUCUCAAGGCGAAGAGUGUGCUCAAAAUACAAAAAAGAUUCUUCAGCCAGAAGUUGCAACAUGUUCUAGUGAAAUUAAAGUCUGUGAGGUGGAGCAGAAGGCAUGUGAGGGGGCUUUUGACAGGAAGAAUAGACACUCUGGUCUAGAGCACCAUUCCCACUCUCCUCAUGGAGUCCAAGACUUUGGAAGUACAUGUGAUGUGAAUCCAGCACAGCUGCAGAGUCUUGAAAGUGUUGACUCAAUGCAGCAGGUUAAGAAGGGACCUAACUUUGAGAUGCAAAGUAUGGAGAGCUUGCUAAAACCCCCAGUUCACACCUUCUCAAGUCAGGAAGUUCCCUCAGGUGAUUCCAGUCUACAAAAUUCUACAAAAUUCUCAAGUGUGAGCAGGAAGAGCAUCAGACAGAAAAUCAAGAGAAAAACUACAGUAAUUAGGCAAAGAGAUGAUUCUGAUGAGGAAUAUCUGCCAAACAAUGUGAUAAUACCAGAGACCAAAGGUGAGGAACAGCCUAAAAAAAGCCAAAGAAGCAGGAAGAAUACUGUCAGGGAAAGCAGUUGUAAUCAGAGAAAUGAAGUUAAUGUGUCUAGGCCCUGGAUAGGCGUUCAAGGAGCAGCUAAUGAGAGCACAAAGGAUUUGCCAGGUAAUCUUAAACAGCGCAGGGAAACAUAUAUUGUCUGUAUUUCUGAUCUUGCAGGAAACUUGGGUAGUUUCCAGACAGAAUUUGAAGCAGGUGAAAAUGUUCCUCCCAGGUCUGUUACUGGGAGCAAAGCAAGCAAAAUCCCCAGGCCUGCUAAGACCAAUCAAAAGAGCAAUAAAAAAGAGACAGAGGGCAUUCAAAAAGAAGGGCAAGGUGAAGUUGACAACAACAUGAAUGCUUUGAAAAAAGAAGCUUCUUGCAAACCCAGGCCUCAGAUGAAGAGGAGCAGCUUUCAACCUCCAGAGACUCAUUCUCUGGCCAGAAAAAGUGAUGGUGCCAAAGUUCUCAUUGGAAGUUCCACAGAACUUGCAUCCAAGCAAACUGUCCUGAUGGGGAAGUUUUCCUGCAUUACACAUCUGCUGUCUGAGCCAGAUGCUUUUCUGGACGAGCAGCUACCUGACAUAUCACUUGCAGACCUUUCACACAGUCUUGAAUCCUCUCACGUGAGCAGUUCUGCAGUUCUGCCUGUCAGCUCCAGACUUACAGAAGUACCAGUUUCCAAGAGCUUAAGUACUGAGGACAACAAAAUGCCAGCAAAAUCCCAUGCUUGGUUGAAAAACUCCCUGAUAUUUAAAGAAAAGACUGAAGAGGACAUACCUGGGGAAAGGAACCAAGUGCAGUCAAGUUCUUGGAGCUCAUCUUCACAGAAACCCGAUAUCAGGCCACUACGGGACUUGAACAAUACCAGGGUUCUGUCUCCCUCUGGCUCAGAGGAAGCAUCAGGGCGCUCAUCCAGGCGGAAACUGAAGCCAAUGUGCUACAAAGAGCCAUCAAUCAACAGGAAACUGAGGCAGGGUGACCCAUUUACAGACACCAAGUUCCUCCACUCUCCUCUCUACAAAAGAAAAAAGAAGCCUGACAAUGCCAAGGGAAUGACCAAGAAGAUGAAAGAGGACAAAGAAUGGCUUCCUGAAGGAUGUCUUGGUGACAAGGCAACAGAAGGGAGUCAGAAUUAGAAUAGUGGUUUAAAGGCAGCCCCCAAGGUCCUAGAAGCUCGUGAAUUUAGCUGCAAGGCUCCAACUUUGAAUGCAGAGGCAUGAGCAAAGAUGGAGGUGGCUGACCAGGCAGCUGAACUACUCCAACUAAGGCAACCCAAGGACCAAUUUGUCAAGUUGAGCCUUAUACUGUGGAUUUCUUCUGUUUUCAAAUCUUUGGGACUCGUGGAGUGGGGAAAGUGGUUGAUACAAAUUGAUGGAUGUCUGUUUUAAUUAUGAGCAUGGCCCUUUUGUGUUGUAUGAACAGCCCCUAGCUAUCUUCUGCUUCCUUCCUGUUCUCUCCGCCUGUCUGCCAUGUAAAGCUCCCUGCAGCAGAAGAUGAGCUCUGUACCGACCAACAUUAAGGAAUAUUUGAAACAUGGGAUGUGUAGGACCUAAGCAUGUCUUGUCUCAAACAUUCUGAGUGUUGCUACAGAAAAGGUGAUCAGAGGAGAGGGUCCUGUGGGACAGAGCUCUUUAAAAACAUCUCCCCUUUUCCUAUGACUUCUUGCCCUUUUUAUAAAGUACUGCCUUCAGCCUUCUUGUAGCCCCUUGAGGUACUGGAAGGUGCAAUAAGGUUUUUUUUAGCACCUUGUCUUUCAUGCUGAACAACCUCAGCUCUCUCAGCCUGUCUUCAUAGGAGAGGUAUAUUGCUGUCCUCAGAGGACUACAGAAGAUGGAAACUUCGUUAGUAGAGGAAGAAUAGUGUCAUCUGCAGUCAGAUAAAUGCUACUACAUAGCUACAUUUAAGCUGUACUGUUAAGUUGAAACUAGGAAUCAAAAAGCCUAAGAUUCAAAAAUGCCCCUUUACCUUAUUAUUUAUUUGUUUUCUGGGAGUUACCAAGCUUUCUCUGGUACUCUGUAACUCUGGAAGCCAGGUAGGAGCUAGUGAAUAACAGGGAAUUUGUUAUAGGUGCUGCUGUAUUAGAACAUGCUUGUGUUGACCCACUGAUGUCAGAAGCCAGGCAGGAACAUAGAUCUCCAGCUGUUCCCAGUAAUUGUUUUCAUUGCCUCUGUGAGUCAGAAAUGGGACUUUUUCUAGCUGCAUUUAUGUGUUUGUGCUAAUAACAGAAUAGUAUAUUGUAUUAAUUCACAUUGAAGGUACAGAGACAGCUGGUAGUAGUUACAGAGCUGUGCUUCAAACACAUGGCAAUACCAGCUCCUUUAGUCUAACAUUGGUAUCUCCAUCCUAAUCACCACCUAUAGCAGUCAGCUGGAGGGGGAGAGUUUGUUCAUGUGUUUGUUCAGUUUCUGUUUUGCUGAGUGAUGAUGUAUUUGUUUGUAUUACUUCCCAAAUAAAAUUUUAAUGCAAAUGGUAUCUUCAAAUUCUUGUAUACUACCUGAUGCUUACCAUAACACUACACAUAACACCUUUGCCUAGGCCAGAACAAAUUAAAACUCUAUUCUAAGAAGUGACAUACUUUGUGUUUAUAUCACAUUUCAGCAGUACUGGACUGUGCUGAAAGCUACUGGAGUCUCUCUCUGAGGCAGAGUUUCCCCAUAUCUUCUAAUCACACAAAGGAAGGAGACACAAAGAAUGUUAGCUGGCUUUUAUUUUAGUCUGAAUUAAAAAUAUUCCUUAAAAAAACCCAACACACAACCAUGGAUGGAAUAAGUUUUCACAGUCAUGAUCUGACUUGCUGUAAGACAACAUAGGAAAGCAGUAGUCCAGACAAUUGGAGAAAAGUUUGCACCUUUAUGAAAUGUGGGGUGAGGGAAGAGGGUAACAGUUCCUAUGCUUCACAUCCAGUCAGAAGGAGCAUAACUAAAUGCAUGCCCUGCAUUUAGACACUGCAGCAUGGCUUUGGUAGGCUCUUAGCCUAUAAGGCUUGUUUCCAGCAUUUACUAAGUGCUACUCAAAUGCUACAGUCCUGACUGUAGCAAUGGAACCAAAUCCCUUGGUAUCAGGGUACUGUGCUCUGGUUGGCAAUACAAGAUAAAAUUCAGGAGGGCUUUGGUUGAGCUGGUAUAGCCCUCUGAGCUCAUUUACACUCACUGGGAAGUACUGGAGAGAGGAGGAUGGGAUUCAUUUCUGUGGGCUGCUGAACAGUAGGUCACCGCUGGUUUGACCAGAGCUGUGACACAAACUGGCCUUCAGAUGGAGAGGAAGAGAGAAACAUAGAUCAAAGUCAGAGAAAAACCUCAGGUCUGCUGUGAACAAAA